UUUGCCUGCACUCUGUGUGAUGUGUGCACUGCAAAAACUUGAGCGCGAAUUAUAAUCGAAAGCAAGAGAAAAGACAAGUGAAGCAUACAAAAAAAGUCGAAAGAAACACAAAAGUACCGGCAAACGAAAGAAAAAAGCACUUUCUAUAUCGAUCUAUAUAUAACGUAUAGAACAUUGCGUGCCGAAAUUGCAAUAAAUCAAAUUGUGUGUACAAUUGUAUUUCAAUUGAGACUAGUUAAAUAGGACUAAAGUGCGAAAACAUGAAAUUGCCACGGUUGUCACAUGUUCAAUCAAUCAGUGGAAAAGUUGAGGCAGCAACAAAGACCAAAGAUACUGGACGGUGGCGUGAUUUAACUGCUUACUGGAUACUCGGACUUUGCAAUAACUAUGGAUAUGUGGUAAUGCUUAGCGCAGCGCACGACAUCAUUGCAAAUCCAGGAAAUUCGGCCGAAAAGCAUGUGGAAGAAAAACCAGAAAAUGAAAGAUAUUGUCACAUCAUCAGCACUGGUGCUAUUUUGUUGGCUGAUAUUUUGCCAUCGUUGUUUAUCAAAUCAGUGUGCCCGUUCUUGCCGUUCUACAUAAACGUUCGAAUAUUCCUGGCAUGUUUUAUGCAAUGCGCUGGAUUUUUGCUGGUAGCUUAUGCCGAUUCAUAUUUCAUGUCUGUCUCUGGCGUUGUAUUAACAUCGCUCAGUUCUGGUCUUGGCGAAGCAUCACUUUUGUCAUAUUCGUCAAAGUUCCAUAAAAAUGUGAUAUCGACGUGGUCCAGUGGCACAGGCGGUGCAGGUAUCUUUGGAAGCUUUUCAUAUGCAGCUUUAAUUUCGAUGGGUGUGACUCCAGUCAAUACAAUAUUAAUAAUGCUCAGUGUGCCUUUGAUUGAGGGUGCAGCUUUUUGGUUUUUAUUGCGUGAUCCACGUUCGAUUCCAAAACGAGAUUCGGAAACUGAGUUCAGUGCGGCAGUCGAUGACCAAGAGACCGGCGUUGAAAAUAAGAAAGAAACACUUUCGCUCGGCGACAAGAUCCGCUACUUACCUUCAUUGUUAAAGUAUAUGAUUCCAAUUUCGCUGGUAUAUUUAUUCGAAUAUUUCAUCAAUCAAGGAUUGUUUGAAUUGGUUUACUUCAAAAAUAUUUGGCUUGACCAACCAGCACAAUACCGUUGGCUUCAAGUUGAUUAUCAAAUCGGUGUUUUCGUAUCGCGAAGUUCAGUGAAUCUCGUUACAAUCAAUAAAAUUUGGCUAAUGUCAGUCUUUCAAUUCAUAAACGUCGCAAUUUUCUUGCUUGAAGUGAUAAUAUUCUUUUCACCGUCAAUUUGGCUCGUCUUUGGAAUUGUAUUCUGGGAAGGUUUGCUCGGUGGCGGGGCUUAUGUCAAUACAUUCUAUCGGAUGUCGAAAGAAGUGCCAGAAGAUAAGCGUAAUUUUGCAUUGGGCGUAACAAGUUUGGCCGAUGCCAUUGGAAUUGCGCUUGCCGGCGUUUUCGCAAUACCGGUGCACAAUGAAUUGUGCCGAUUGCCAAUGCCAUCCAGAGGAUAAAUCAAAUUAAUAUAUUGUUUUGAAUGUACAUAAAUAGCGUUUUUCCCCUGUUUUUUUAUCAUACAAGUGGAUCGUAAUGUAGCCAUAAGUUUUAUUAGAAAAUAUUUGUUCUAUACGUAUAUGUAGAGUGUAGACAAAACAAGACUUUAUUUCUUUUUUCCAUUCUAUAUUCGAAUGUGUAUUUAAUGUAAUGAAUGAUCGAAUUUAAUCGCUCAGUAGUUUUAGUCGCGAGAGUAUUUUUUAAUAAGUCAAAUGACUAUUGUCGAGUAAUUAUAAAUAGACCUGAUAAAAAAGACGCACAUUCUUAUCAAUAAUUCAAUUGAAACGAGUUUUCUUUUUAAUUCAAAUACGUAUUACGAAUGCAAUACUUCCAUCCUGAGCACACUUUGUACCGUUUAAAUAAAAUCAAAACUAUAUAUAUCUCGAUGACAGUAUGAAAAAUUGCAUUCGAUUCAUUCGAACACCACACAGUAGUACAUUAAGUGUUAUUUUUGUUUCAUGAUAAUAAAUUUAUUUGAAGUAA